AUGAAGUUUGAAAUCCUCGCUAUCGCCGCCGCUGCGGUUCCAAGCACCUUGGGUGUUGCUGUUCAGCAACGUGACGGCACCUGCAGAUUCCGUGUUGGGUUUGCCCGCGGGCAGAACCCUGUUGCUGGUGGUGAUAACUCUCUCGCAUGUAUUGCCGAAGUCACUUACGCCGAUGGCCGCAAGGAUAAACUCAGCGAUGAGUGCCGAUAUGUCAUGAACAAUCACUGCUACCCAUCCCAACUCCCUUACGAAUUGUGCAUUCACACAAAUUUCAACAUGAAGGACGGCUACCUUGACUACGGUGCCAACCAUGUGGACUUCCACGACGACGGCUGUAAGACUGACUCCUAUGCUGGUCCGGCUGGGGAUGGAACCUCCCAGGACUGCGAGAUUGCCUGCUGA